AUGCCGCUUUUUGGAAACCAGAACAACCGCAACACUGCUACCGGAGCUGGCCCGACCACGGGCACAGGAGCUGCCUACAAUGGUCACGCAGCCAAUGAGCGUGUAGGACCGCUUGGCACUGGGACUGGCCCUUCUAUGGACCCAGCACAACCCGCCCCAGGUGGUGGGUACGGUCAUAACAACACCACCGCCGGGCACGGAGCAUACCAGCAAGGCAUGACCAGUAUGCCGCCAGAACGCUACAACAACCAGACGGGCGUCGCAGGUGAUCCGUAUGCAAACACGGUCGGGAACAACGACGUCGCGCCGGCCGCACAUCUCAGCAGCGGUCAGAGAAGUGGCAAGGCGAGCUCGACGACGGGCAAGAUGGAGCGCAUCGCCGGCACGAUGUUCUGUAAUCAAACUCUGAAGGCGAAGGGCAUGCAGAAGGAGCAGCAGGCUCAAGCGUUUGCUGCUCAGAGCGCCGAACUCUCCGAAGCACAGCGUCUGGAGCAAGAAGCUUCUAUUCGCCGCCAGAGGGCCGUCGACCACGGUGCGCACCCUGCCAAUAAGGCACUCGGUGGUGCUGCUCAAGCGCAGGAGUUCGGUGGUAAUUUCGGACCAACCGGCAGUGCAGGUGCAGGUGGUCUGUCCGGCAGCGGCGUAGUACCUGGGGCGCAUGGCGGAGCUUUGUAAGCAUCUUGCCCAUAUGACUUGUUCUCAGCUUGGAAGGAGUCCACAAGACCAUGAGAUGCUCCGCUUUGCAUACCCUACGGAUACCACAUAAUGAAUAGCGAAUUGUACAAUAGCGAUCCUUCUUAAUCUACGUAAUGGUGUUUUGGGGCGAUCAUUACAUAUGGAGCCAAGCUAGUGCCGAGAACGUCAUAUCUAACAAGAGCGGGCAACGUUAAGCUUUCCAAGUAGUCAAAAGAUGCGACAAAAUACCUCGUAGGCUUACCCUCAUGAAUGCGUGAUGGCUUCUGCUACUUCAAGAGGAUGGGACCGAUGGUUCGCAAGUCUAGCC